AUGAAGAAGUAUUUAAAGAAAAAGAAAAGCAGUAUGUUAAGUAAAUUAGCUAAUCAGCGAUUGUCUUCUUUCGUUAGAUUUACUAAAUGGUGUACUUCAAGUACACCAAAUAAUAAAUAUAACGAAAGAAAACAGUCCUUAGGUCUAAGCUCUUUAGCACAAAUGCCAGAAACUAAAAUGACCGAGCUCAUAUCUGAAUAUAUCAAAUUGAGUACUGAAAAUAAAAUCAAUCCUAAAAAUGCAUUUAGUUUAAAAAUGAUUGAUUAUAUGACGUACAUGGUUACUAAAAGAUAUUCAGAAAUGACUAAUUUGCAAAUGGCUAGCACAUCGUUGGAUGUAUGUGCCAAAAUUUAUGGGUAUCGCAUUGACGGUAUGUACACAGACGUUUUAAAAAUGGUUGGUGCAUUGGAUAAACAAAAGGAGGAUAAUUCAACUGAUAUGGAAAUAGCGCAGUCUAACAAUGAUUCAGAUGGAGAAGAAGAAGAAGUAAAAAGUCAAACGAAGAAAAAAAAGAAAAAAGGAAAACAAAAGAUUAUUAGUACAGAUGAUGCAUUAAGUGGAACAAUAGAAACAAUGGUACUCUCGCGAAUGACUGUAGGAAAAGGAGAUUUUUGUUCGUCUGAUAUGCUCUACCAAAUAGUGUUUCCGCAUCUUGCUAAUUCAGGCUUUUAUCAUAAUAUAUACAAUGAUAUUAUUUUAGAUCAAUUAAAUGAAACAAAUGAAAAUAAUGAAAAUUGUCGUACUUAUACUAUAUCAAAGAUAGAUGAUAUUUUUCAGUCAGAUCUGUUUCCGAGCAUGUCUGAUUUUCAAUUUUUAAGAUGGUCAUUGGAAGAUGAAGAAGAAAUCAUAGAGCCUGUACAAAAAAACAAUGAAAAUCAACAAUUUCAUUUUGAUCUUGAUGCCAGUAUACCUUCUGCAGAUGAAGAGUAUUUUGAAGAAGCGAAUUAUUUUCAAAUGGAUACAGAUACAAAUGAUAAAAAUAUGUGUGCGACAAAUCCGAAACAAACGGAAAAUAUAGUAGAUUUUCGUAAAAUUAUGACCGAACAAAUAAUGCAAAAUGAGGAAAUGCCAGAAUAUUCUUUAUUAAAUAAAAAUAUGAAUUUAAUUCAUCGGGCAGGACCUUCUUAUUGGAAACAUAAAGGUCUAAAAACAUUGUUAAGUAAUAGCAAAGUAGUAGAAACUUGUCAACAUACUGCACGUAAGAAGAGAAAAGAAUUUGAACUUUCAUACACCAACGAAAAUAAAUCUAAAUUGGAUCAAAAGUUUGAAUGUAGCAAAGUGAACAGAAUACAAUUAAGAACAGUAAGAAACAAUUGGAUGGAGGAGAAAAUAACAUUACCGGAAGAUUUGCAUUACGAUAUUACGAACUUUACUAAAUUAUAUCUUUGUCCUUCAAUCUCUUCGUAUCCUAACUCAGAAGGUCCACUAAAUUCAACACAAUUGCCUGAAGAUAUAGAAAAUUAUAAUUAUAACAAUGAUAAUGAUGUAUCUAACUUUUGUCCUGGUAUAGAUGUCGAUUGCGAUACACAAGAUAAAAAUGAUUCAGAUGAAAAUCCAAUAGAAAAUCCGAUACCAUUUACUAAUGAUAAUUUGGUAACAGCACCUACAUUAAUUAAUAAAAUUAUUGCGAGGUAUCCUUCACGUGCUAAAAAAAUUGACAUGCAUCAAUUAAAGAAAACAAUAUGGAAAGCUGUUUCGGAAAAGAAAACUGAUACUGAUAAUAAAGAAGAAACGCAGGAAAAUGAUCAAAUUAGUGGCUCCAUAAAUUUCAGCGAUAUUUAUAAAACUUUACCUACUGAACUUCCUAAAUCUAAUGCUGAAGCAUUAAGCGUUCCCAUUGCAAUAGUAUCAAUGCUAUAGAUAGAUAGAUAGAUAGAUAGAUAUAUAUGUAUAUAUAUAUAUUUAAUAUAUAUAGAUAUAUUUCUAGUAAACGUUUAAAAUUUAUGUAUCACACAUGUCUCUCUAACUCUUUAUAAGAUAUCCUAAAAUGUACAAUACACGGUAGUAAUUAGAUUCUUAACUAUUUCAAUUUUUCUGCUGACAAAAUUGCAGAGCGAGCGAAUGAUUACUUUAAUUUUGUUGUUGAAAAGAUUAUAAACUGAUUUUUCAUUGAUCUUCUUUGUUUCUUUUGUGAUCGAACAGCCCAGAGAUCAUUGCGCAAACAAUACAAUUUCUUAACCGGAAAAAUGUAUAUAAUAUAAUAAUUUACAUACAUACAUUUCUUUUAUUUUUUUUUUUUUUUAAUUAUUUUUUUAUUUUUCGAAGUAACCAAUGCAUUGGAAGAUUUCAUAUAUUUAAAAGUAUAGAUCAUCAACGAUUGUGUUGAAUCGCGCAAUGGACGUAUUAUAUGAUGUAGAAAAACAAAAACAAAUUUUUACAUUUAUUUGUACUAUAAAGUUGACAGAGGUACGUUAGCAGUUAAUAGCUGCAAUGUACGCAGUAAUGUAUUUUUUACUCUAAUAUUA